ACGUGGGGACGAUGUGGGCCUGCGGCGCGUGGCGCGGGGCGCUCUCCGGGGCCGCCGGCGGCCGGCGCGCGCACUCCGCGCUGGCCCAGCUGCGCGGGAUCCUGGAGGGGGAGCUGGAGGGGAUCCGCGGGGCCGGCACCUGGAAGAGCGAGCGGGUCAUCACCUCGCGGCAGGGGCCGCACAUCCACGUGGACGGCGUCUCCGGAGGGAUCCUCAACUUCUGUGCCAACAACUACCUGGGCCUGAGCAGCCACCCCGAGGUGAUCCAGGCCGGCCUGCAGGCGCUGCAGGAGUUUGGAGCUGGCCUGAGCUCUGUGCGCUUCAUCUGUGGGACACAGAGCAUCCACAAGAACCUGGAAGCAAAGCUAGCCCGCUUCCACCAGCGGGAAGACGCCAUCCUCUACCCCAGCUGCUUUGAUGCCAACGCCGGCCUCUUUGAGGCGCUGCUGACCCCUGAGGACGCGGUCCUGUCGGACGAGCUGAACCACGCCUCCAUCAUUGAUGGCAUCCGCCUGUGCAAGGCCCACAAGUACCGCUAUCGCCACCUGGACAUGGCCGACCUGGAGGCCAAACUGCAGGAGGCCCAGAAGCAUCGGCUGCGCCUAGUGGCCACGGACGGGGCCUUCUCCAUGGAUGGCGACAUCGCGCCCCUGCAGGAGAUCUGCCACCUCGCCUCUCGAUACGGCGCCCUGGUCUUCGUGGACGAAUGCCACGCCACGGGCUUCCUGGGGCCCACAGGACGGGGCACAGAUGAGCUGCUGGGCGUGAUGGACCAGGUCACCAUCAUCAACUCCACGCUGGGGAAGGCGCUGGGCGGAGCAGCAGGGGGCUACACGACAGGACCCGGGCCGCUGGUGUCCCUGCUGCGGCAGCGCGCACGGCCCUACCUCUUCUCCAACAGCCUGCCCCCUGCUGUCGUCGGCUGUGCCUCCAAGGCCUUGGACUUGCUCAUGGACAGCAGCGCCAUCGUCCAGUCGAUGGCUGCCAAGACCCAGCGGUUCCGCAGCAAGAUGCAGGCUGCCGGCUUCACCGUCUCAGGAGCCAGCCACCCCAUCUGCCCUGUGAUGCUGGGUGAUGCCCGGCUGGCCUCUCGCAUGGCCGAUGACAUGCUGGAGAGAGGCAUCUUUGUCAUCGGGUUCAGCUACCCUGUGGUCCCCAAGGGCAAGGCCCGGAUCCGGGUGCAGAUCUCAGCCGUGCACAGCGAGGAGGACAUUGACCGCUGCGUGGAGGCCUUCGUGGAGGUGGGGCGGCUGCACGGGGCGCUGCCCUGACCCCGAGCGCUGGCGCGGUGGGCAGGCCGGGCGGAGGCCAAGCGGCUGUGAAACAAGGAUGUGCAAACUGCCCUGA